UUUUUUUUUCCCCAUGAAAUGUCCACGUAUAGCGGAACUAUGAAAACAACCCGCAUGGCUGGAGAAGUGAGUGACGCUAUCGCAUUUCUCUCACUUUCUAAAUCAAUGAUCGGGGGUGGGGUAUUUACAUAACGAAACCGAAUCAAACUGUUUCAUUUUAAGAUGUACCGAUGCACACCUGGUAAAAAAUCUGUUUGCUGUUGCUGUUGAUCUAUUGGGCUUGGCGAGAUUUUACAUAGUAAUAAAUAUGACAAAAGCUACGGCCGUAUUGAAUCGGAUCGUAUCCUCACUGAAUCGAAUCGUUCCGAUUCAAAAUAUUCUAUCGUACUAUUUUUGAAUCAUAUCGUACCCCACGUAUCAAGAAACAUUACCACUCACAUGAUUUUGGAUUAUUUUUGGGACACAUCCAGAGGAGAUCAUGCAAACCCCAGAACCUCUCCUUUUAAACUUUGGAAUCGUGGGACCAUGAGGCGUUCACCUUGUGAGGAACAAGGACUUUUCAUGUCUUCUUGGAAGCCUGCAAGCACAACGCUACUGUGAUAAAGGCCGAGGAAGGAGACUCGGUUCCUUGCGGAGGGCCUCGGGGGGAAUGCUGACCGGACGGGAAAAGCGGCGUAGGCCCGCUGGAAUCUCCUCAAAGUCAAAAUCAGCACGAGUACAGAGCCUUCGCCGUGGGAGAGGGGAACUGGGGAAUAAGUCUGCAUUGUUCAGAGUACCGUUUUUGUUUUGUUGUUGUUGUGGUCAUCUUUGUCUUCUCACCUACAGUCGCUGACCCGCAUUCGACCCACCACAAUGAUCACACAAGCUUACCAUUCAGCAUUAUAGCAGGACACAAGUCUUCUGUUUUUAUGGUAGUAAAUGAUUAAAUUGUCAGUAAACUAUAGCAAAUUAUUUAAAUCAAUUAUAGGAAAUAAACUAUUCUUAUAAAAUGAUAUUUCACCUGUCCAACGGAAAAUCCAAUUGCUUUUCGUGAAGUUUGUCCUUUAUCAUCUUCCGUAGCGGACACUGUUUCUAUAGUAACGAUAACUCGUAGAAGUGGAAGUCAACGUUUGUCAACCAAGGUAAAAUUGCGCGCCAAAUGCCAUUUUACGUGACGAGACGGCAAAUGUGACAAUUAAGUGUAUUUUUUGCCAACUGUGGCACAACUUUUAAUAUAACUCGAGCAGCUAAAUGAGUACUAGUCAGGUGAAAAGAACUAGACAAUCAACGUCACAACAUGUCGGAGGUGCUCCUCACAUCUUCAGAAACGGAAGGGGAAGACGGCGAUGAAGAGUAUGAGGAGGAGACCUGCGAUGAAAUCCCGGCAUCACUGCUCAGCUACUUUGAGUUCUCCAGAAACCGAGCGGCAGCUUGUGAGAAGCUCGUCCUGGAGGACCUUGAAUACCUCACUGCAUUACGAAGCACUGAACGAGUAACGCAAGCAAACGUCGCUUUGGUCGAUAAGGACACGGAGACAAUAAAUGAGACGGCAGACACUUUUGAUGACCAAAAUGAAGACAACAGCGCCGCCUCUGGCAGUGAUGCGGACGAACAAGAGUUUUCAACUGUGCCCAACGACAGCCGAGAUGUGGUUAGACGUGAGCUCCAUCUGGACAUGGAGCGUAGGAAACGAGAGGAACGAGACUUUGAGGAGGAGCUACAGAGGAUCAUGGAGAUGGGAAAGCUGCGUCGGAAGGAGGCUGAUAUGAUGGAGUUAAAGGCUCAGGAAAAGCUUGAGCGGGAGUUGCGGCUCCAACAGGAGCGACUCCAUGACAUGAAACAACAAGUGGAGGAGGAGUUGAAAAAGAGCAGAGAGGAGCAGAGGAGCCUGGUGCGGCGACAGGAGGAAGAGGAAAAGAUAAGGAAAGAUAAAGAGAGGCAGGAAAGGAUAGAAGAGAAUCUGAAAGAGCAUCAGCGAGAGGAUGAGAAGAGGAAAGAGGCAGCGAGGAAGCAAACAGAGGAAGAAGAGAGAAUGAAAGAAAAGGGAAGGACAGGAACAGAAAGUCAACUGAAAGAGGAAGCGGAAAUAACUGGAAGCAAGAUGGAAAAAGAGGAAACAAAGGCCAAAAGGGAGGAAGGGAGGAGGAGGCAGGAAGACAAACGAGUGCAAGAAGAACUGAGGAUGAACAAGGAGGAAGACAAAAGACAGAAAAAUGGGAACCUCAUGGAAGAAGAGCAACUGAAGAGGAAGGAGGAGGACAAGAGAAAGCAGGCAGAGAGGAAGGCAAAAGCGGAGGAAGUCGGGAGAAAGAAGAUGGUGGAAGUGGAAAGAACGAGGAUGGAGGAGGAAGAGGAGAAUACAAACCGGGAGGAAGAGGAAAAGAAAAAACUGGAGGCAGAAGUGAUGCAAAUCGAAGAAGAGUUGACGACAAAGGAGGAGGAGGAAGGGAGGAGCAAAAAGGAAGUUCACAAACAACUGGAGGAGGUGGAAAAGAGGAGGAGAGUGGUGGACCAAGAGGAGAGUACAAGAGGAGAGACAAAACCGAGGGAAAUUGAGAAUGAAAUAAAGAAGAAGAGUGAACACAUGGAAGAAACCAGCCAAACAACUAAGGAAGAGAACAAGAGGACAAAAGCUGUAAAGAAGGAAAAAGAAGAAGAAAAGGAGACCAAACAAAUGGAAGAAGAAGCAAGGGGAAAGAAAAAGGGCGAUGGGGAAAUGAGGAGAAAGAUGGAUGACGUGGAAAGGAUGACAAAACGAGUGGAACAACAUCCAGAGCAAGGAGAGAAAAGGACAGAGGAGAAUGAAGAGAAAGAAAAACCACACCAAGAUGAAAGGCUUGCGAUUAGACUCUCCACCAUUGAAAUGGGCAGGAACAUUCAGGAGAACAUUCAUGUGAGCAUCCAUCAAGACAUCCCCAAGAACACCCAACAGAACAUCUGUGACGCCAUCCAUGAGAACAUUCAUGACAACAUGCAUCAAAAGGACAUCACUCAGAAUUUCCUUCAGAAACAGCACGAGAACAUCCGCCAGAACAUCAAUGAAAACAUACCUCAGAAUAUUUGCAAAAACAUUCAGAACAUCCAUGAGAACACGCAGGAGAAAAUUCAUCUAAACAUCAAUGAGGAUUUUCAGAGCCUCCAUGAGAACACGCAGGAGAAAAUUCAUCUGAACAUCAAUGAGGGUUUUCAGAGCCUCCAUGAGAACAUUCAGGAGAACGCUAAAGAGAACAUUCAGGGAAACAUCCAUCCAAACAUCCAUGAGAACAUCCACGAGAACAUUCAGAAGAACAUCAAAGAAAACAUUCAGGAGAACAUCCGGCCGAUCAUCAAUGAGAACAACCAUGCAAACAUUACGGACAACAUCCGUCCAGACAUCCAGCAGAACAUCUAUGAGAUUAUUCAGGAAAACAUCCGGCAGAGCAUCCAUGAGAACAUUAAGGAGAACAUCAAAGAGAACGUUCAGGAAAACAUCCAACCAAACUUCCAUGAGAACAUUCAGGAGAGCAUCCAUGAGAACCACCCUGAGAACAUUCAUGAGAACAUUCAGAACAGCAAAGAUAACAUCCAUGAGAACAUUCAGGAGAGCAUCCAUCAGAACAUCAAUGAGAACAACCAUGAGAACAUUCUGGAGAACAUCCGUCCAGAUAUCCACGAGAACCUUCACCAGAACUUCUCAAGCCAAACCUGGCUCUCUCAGCUAAUGGAUCAAAGUAAGCUUUCUUGGAUGAAAGUACGCGUUCCCUGGUCGGAAAUACAGAACAGGACCAAGCGAAGAAGUUCUGUCGGGUCCAGGAGAGAAUCCAGGCGCUCCGCUCGGGACAAUGACCUUCCUCCGCUUUGUCCUGACACGCUGCUGCAGGCUGCAGGCAGGGAUUCCCUGCAGGAGGUGACCAUCUUGGUUCUGGAGGACUUGCCAGGCUGUAAUUUGUCCACUCUGUCUCAGUGCGCACGACUCCAGUCUCUCACGCUGAGAAGAUGCGGGCUCAAAGUUUUGGAAGGAAUCAACCAAUUAGCGGAGCUGUGCUACGUCGACGUGCAGGAAAAUGACAUCUCAACGGUGGAUUGUGAGAAUAUGACCGGCCUGAGAGUUCUCAAGAUGGGCCACAACAAGCUGACAUCCAUUCAUGGCCUUAGCGGAGCAAAGAACUUGGACGUUCUAGAACUUUCGCACAACUCUAUUACACGCAUUGCUGGUCUAGGCUCCUUGAGGAGACUCCAACGUUUGUCUUUGGAUCACAACCAGCUUGUGAGUACUAAAGGGCUGAAGGACGUCUGCACCCUGUUGCACCUUGACUGCUCCCACAACCACCUGGUUGGCGUGGAGUCUUUGGAGAGCAACGUUCUGCUCCGUACGUUGGACCUGACCGACAACAGCCUCAUUGAGCCGCCCGCUCUGCUGGACCAAGUCCUCCUCGGGAAGCUUCACAUGGACGACAACAGCCUGGGCUCCCUGCGCUGCCUACUCGCCGCCUCGUGGUUGCCCCACUUGCACACGCUCACGCUGGCGCGCAACAGGCUCACACACCUGCCUGACAUGUCUGUUGCAGUAUCGCUCGCUACGUUGGAUCUGAGUUUCAACUGUCUAUCAGAUGUGCAGAAUGUUUGUCGCGGCCUGCAAGGAUGCUGCUCCCUGAAUGAGGUGCGCCUCGCUGGGAAUCCUCUCCAACGGGAGAGUAGCUGGAGAUGCGCUCUACAGGCAGCAGUGUCAAGUCUGAAGACCAUCGACGGGACGGAUUCAGACUUCCUCCCGACGGGCCCGGCUGUUGCUAGGCAGAUCGACUCCGCCUCGGACGGUCUUCUCAGCUUGAUCCAGACGCAACUUGAGCAGAUUGGCGAUUUACAGCGGCAGCACAUCGAGCAGCUCAGUCAUGCUGAGCAAGCUUCGCACCCGCUGGACGCCAUCAAAAUUUCCUGCGGGCAUUUAACGGAAGCUUUGCACCUGGCCGAGGAGCAGCGACGCUCCCUCGAGCAUACCCACGACAGGCAAACGUCUGCCUUGGAUGAAACUCAGGGUUCGCCCGUUGCCACCACAAGGUCUUUUGCGUCAGAAGAUGGAGAAGGAAAAGUUGCAGACGGAGGGAGUCUUAAAUCCGCGGCGGCAAGGAGCAUCAUGGUCCAGCACCGUGCGGCAACCAUCAUCCAGGCGCGAUGGAGAGGCCUCACCUUGAGGAGGAGGCUGGCGGCCGCACUUGCCGCCGUCACGGCCCUGCAAAGUGACGACGAUGCUUUUGAGGUGGUGGACGUGGAGGAGUUUGUCCUGGAUGAGGCAAUUCUGGAUCAAGGCUGGACUUUAUCUGAAGAUGCUCCUGCGAGAAGGUUCUCAGCAUCCAAACAGCAGUUGCCUAAUGAGCUCCCCGGCUUCUACACGCAACAUUCCCCGAGGCUUCUACCACCUCUGCCCACACGGAGGCAUACGCAAGCCUGGGAAGUCAAAGAAUGCGAGGACAAGAUGGUUUCACCACACAACUCCAAUAGGAAAUCAACCUCUGUGGCAAGUGACUUGUCUGAGCGUUCAGAAAGAAUUCUGGAGGAAUGGGGAUUUACCAACAGGCACACAGCUGAGCUGAUGCUGAGGAGAGCCCAGAAGAUGAAGUCCAAACGAAAACCCACAGGUCCAUCGGGGCAUCUGGAGGCCUGGAGAAACCAGCCACUUACAACCUAUCAGCUGACAGUUCCAAACAGGCUGGCACGAUGUAGCACAAGUGCUACAAGGGUUCCCCAGUCUGAGGCGGACUUAGGGCGAGUGAGGUGGGACCAGACUCGGGAAUGGCUCCGAAACCAGAACGCUUUGAGACACUCAAAAAGCGAACAUUUCUUACCGGACAUCUCCACCGACGCGGUGGCCGUUGGACGACGGCGACAACUUGCACCAGUAGCGGCACGUCCGGAACAUCAGCCCAGUGGACUUUGGACCAGUAACGGUUUAUCUGACCAAGCCUGUGGAGCGAACAAAAACACAGUUGAGUCAAAACAAGACAUUACAGCUGCAUGGAGGAAGGAGGAGCGCAUUUCAUUUCGGGAUGAGCCCGUGUGUCGAAGCAGUGGCUGGGGUGGCGGGAAGAAGAGACACAAAGUAAAACACUGACACAUUUUUGGGAAAAAAAAAAGAACAAGUAGCAAA